AUAAAUACUCUUUUUUCUUCUUCUUUUCCUCUCCUUUCAAAACAUGUUGCCUGUUAUCUUUCGGACAUCUUCUAUGGAAACAUACCCAAUACCAUAUUAUGCCCCAGAAAAAAAAGAUCAAGAGUAUAAAAGAUGUUCAAUGACACCUUCAUUAUAUUCAGCAGAGGAAUCAGAGGAGGAGUCUAUUGCGACAGAUGAUGGUAGUAAAGAGGAUGAUUUCAUAGGAUUCUCAGUAUUGAAAGCAGGAGUAUUACAGACUACGGAUCAACCUGCACACUCCACUUGUAAAAUUACAGUUUAUAGCCCACAGUUAAAUCAAGACGUUUGGGAGCCCCUUUCUUCUUCUCUUUCUUCUCAAUAUACCCCAGUCCCUUUUCCAGAUUACGUCAAGCCCAUGGAGCCACUGUCGCCACAAUCUAGCUCUCGUCUGUUGAAUGCAUUUCAAAAACUGUAUCAAACACCUUUUCGACAACCAGCCGUCGCGCCUUUGGAUUCAGUAAAGCCUGUAGCGACGAGAAGUGUAUCUCUGACAGAAAGGAUAAAGAACAAAUUUCAAAGCAAAAAGAAACCAUCCGUGACGCGUUCAGGUUCAUUUUCUUCCGUGGUACCUAAAAGAUGGCCAAAGAAAGAAACAUCACUCGAGAUAAAGUGGUCCAUUUCGUCUCAUCGCAUGUAUAAAAAGCAAACAAUGGAAAAGAAUAGGCAAGCACCCGUUGAGUGUAAUACAAAGAAAAAAACAGUUCGAUUUACCAAGUUGGUGUCGAUACAAGAAACAUUUUCAAAAGUAGACUAUGAUCGUGGAUCAGACCCUGAUGCUGUUUGCAUGAAACUGACUCCUUUGAUGGCUCAAAUCAUUAAGGAAGAAUUAAAUGCAUACAAGAUGCAUGAAAUGCAGGUGCAUGAGCAGAGUAAAGCUCAUACUCAUUUUUUCAUCUAAUUUAUCGUUUUAGUAUUGUAGAUUUAUAAUAUAUAUAUAAAGAGAGA